AUGUCGGCCAAGCUCAUCGGUUUCACAACCGGUAAGUGCCCAGUCAAUCCUUUUUUUUUUUGAAUGACAUUCGGAGAGCUGAAAAAAAGUCUCUAUUAUCUAGGAAAAUCAAAUAUAAAAUUGUUUUUGCACUAUUCAGUACUCGUGGUGGCUGCUAUCGGCAUCGCUAUUGGAUCUCUCGUCAUCAACAUCUUGAUUCUCAACAAAGUCAACACCAUCAACAACAAUAACAACAACAACAACAUCGUCAAUAACAGCUAUCAUUAUCAACCUUCCCCUCAAGUGAAUUCUACUCCUGGGACCGUCCAAAACUCGGAUGGAUACAAGGUAAGUAACAGGAGAACUUCAUAGGGAAAAAAAACAGAAGCAGCUGUUUCUGUGAAAUUCAACUUUUUUCAAAACUUUGCGAGGCACCUUCCGACCUCACUACAAAAUUGUUUGACCACGCGCGUUUUGCGACGGAAAUGUUGAGUUUUUGCUUUUCGGGUCACCGCUGAUUUUCUGAGCAUCCAAUCGUUUCAAUUUCAUGAAGAUUGCUGCAUCACCUUAACUUACAGUUUUUUAUGAAUUUGAAAGCCGUUUAUAUUAACAAUCAAACUCAAUUCAGGCGGCAGCUGCUUAUUUGCUGAAUGGUCUUGAUGACACCGUUGAUCCUUGCAUCGACUUCUAUGCAUUCACCUGCAACAAGGUCUUUGAAACCCAAAAUUAUUCAAUAAUGAUUUUUCCUAUAGUUUCUGGCUUCCGUUGACUUGGACAAACUUCAUUUGCAAAGACUCGGGACCUACGACCAGGCACAGACCGACGUCUACACUGGAAUAGCUGAUACUCUCAGUAAAAUCGAUGUCAACGACAAAACCGUCUCUUUAACUGAAAGAAUCACUAAGGCCGUGAGUUUAUACCCUUGUUAACUCAAACUUUUCCUUGUAAUAAAAAUGUUCCAGGCCUUUGACUCCUGCUCGAGAAAUCUGGCGAACCCACCUGAUAAAACUCAAGUCAUAUACGCCGAGAUCAAAAACUUGUAAAUAAAUCCUUGCGUGGUUCAGAACAAAAAAAAGUUCAGGUUUGGCGGUGUUCCAUUUCUUCAAGAGCCUUUGAAGCAAGGAAUCAACUACAUGAAGGUCUCUGGAACUAUCGAGCAGAAACACGCCGUUGGAACUCUCCUAGCCACUUUCGCGUCUGUGGACUACAAGAAUGUGGCACAGAAUGCUCUUUACGUUUCUCAGGUGGGAAAAGUUCUUCGAUUUGCAAUGAACGACAUCUGAAUAACAGCCUGCGGUUGCUAUGGCCAGGGAUUAUUACCUGAAGUCGCAGUUUGUACAAGAAGUUAAUGGAAGAGUACAAGAAGUCUUCGAAAUGAUGCAAGCUUUUGCCCAAGCACUAAACAGUAAAACUCCUGAUGACGUCAUCAUGGCGGUUUGACGUUAUUCCGUUUGAUUUUUGACAAAGCAAAAAGCUUCUAGGCGGCUCAAGAAACGGUUAGCUUUGAAGUUCAAGUUGCUAUGGCCUCAUGGCCCGAUGAUAUGCUCAGGUUUUGAUUGAGCAUGAGUGUUCAACUAACUCACAACUCUUUUUAGAAACUACCAGCAACAGUACAAUCCUUACAAAAUAAACGAGGCAGCUGCCGCUUAUGGUAGCCUCGACUGGAAAGCUUAUAUUGGAGAGCUUUUUGAUGGCCUUUCCAAUCCUCAAGACCAAGCCAAAUAUGAGGUUCUUUCGGAAACUUCAUAUUGCGAUUAGGAGAAUGAAUAUUCAGCUCAUUUUAACACAACCGUCCUACUUUGCCUGGCUAAACUCGGUCUUCAAUGGGAAUACGGUCAAUUCGACCGUCGUUGCUAAUUACAUGAUCACUCAAAUGCUCUUUGUAAAUUCGAUUUCUCAGUUGGAAAAGUUCAUCUAUUCUACAGGAUGAAGCCGAUUUCAUCAACCCGCAAACGAAGACCGUUGCUCAAAAGGCCAACUACAUUCACUACGCUCUUCGCAGAGGCCGCGGUGUGACAAGGUGACAAAUUUUGGUGGGUUUCUGGGAACGUCUUUGAUUUUAGAGUUGGAAAAAGAGACGUCCGGAUGCUCGAUCUGGAUCCGAUAAGCCAUGCUUGUAUGGACAUUCUCACCGCUUACAUGCCCUACGGAACUGGUUAUUAUUAAACUAAGUUAACAGCAAUAGAAAUGGAUUAAAGGGAACUGAUAUUUUAUUUUUUGCUUGGUUCAGGUUUUGUAUACGUGAAAGCUCAGGCCAACAGAACGAUCUAUCAAGCAGACAUUCAGAAACAAACUGCUCUUAUCAUCGAAAACUUCCAGGUAUUGCACCAACAUUCUUAUUUUCUUAUGGUGAACUUUCAGGGAAUGAUCGGCACCCUAACUUGGAUGGAUGAUUUCAGCAAACAACAAGCUAAAAAGAAAUGUAAGCCUGAAACAGAUUUUCCUUUCACCGAAUAACUUGUAGCCGACAAUUUGGUCAAGAACUUUGGUUGGCCCGGCAAGCUUUUCGGGGAUUUCAAGAAUACAGCUGUGUUGGAUAAAUAUCAUCAAGUGAAACUUCCUCAUGAUUCAUUUGAGACCAAAGGUCUAUUCCAGGACUACGCUUCGAUUGUCGAUAUUUACACCAAGGACAAAAACAACCUGUACGAUAUUAUGAGUGUUUUGAAGCGAGGAUUGGAAGUUCGUGAGCUUUUCCGACUACUUCUCGAGCCAGCUGAUAGGUAGUUUUGAAAAACUUCAAAAUAAAAAAAAUUUAGGUCAAAUUUCUUGCAAUCCCCUGCAAUGGUUAACGCUUGGUACCAGCCAGAAAGAAAUUCGAUCACAUUCCCAUAUGCUGCAUGGAAUCCUCCUUAUUACAAGUAGGUCCAGCUUGUUGAAACAAACGAUAAACACUACUGAGCAAAAAUCAAAAGCGCAGUAUAUUACCAUUUUUUUUACCAAUUCAUUGAAACUUGUGAAAAAAAACAGAAACUGACUUUUUUUAAUUUUGAUUACUCUGAAGUUCCGCGCACCAGACAUCGACAAAAAAUAUUAUCUUUUGAAUAAAAAGAGAAUUCAGCGACUUCUCACUCAUGACAACUUGCACGGCUUGAAGACAUGAAUAGUCUAUUUGUGAAAAUGGGAAAUUGUUUCAGCUACUACUUCCCCCAAGCCUACAACUUCGCGGGACAAGGAGGUACUGGAGGACACGAGCUCACCCACGGAUACGACGACGAAGGAGUCCAGUUUGGUUACAACGGAGCUUUGACUGACUGUUCAUGGAACAAGUGCGGCUGGAUGGACUAUAAUUCUUCUCUUGGCUUCAUCGACAUGGCUCAAUGCGUAGUCACUCAAUUCAGGUGAGACAGGACUUUUAGAGUUUUCCGUUGAAACCACUACAUAAUGUGACUUUUACGAGUUUAUUUCGAAUUACACAUAACAUGAGAGAAAAAAGAGCUAACAAUAAUUUUUCCCAACGUCUCUAAAACUCUGAAUUUGUGUUUAUUCAUACCCAACCUUUAAUAAAAUUCGACUAUAAGCUUGAAUAAGGUGCGAAAACUUCUUUUAAGCUUUCGUUUUGACGAUUAGAGAAAAUGGAUAAAAUAACGUCGGCAUCACUUGAUUAGUAUUCCGUACGUUGUGAAACUUCACCGCUCUGUAAGGUGCUUAAUUUUUCACUUUGUGUAUUCCUUAUCAUUUUGUGACUUUUCUCCUUCUAAGCUGCUUAGUCUAGAGAAACACCAUAGUUCUCAAUGUCUAAUCAAAGCUUUUUACAGUACUCAAUGCUGUCCGGAAAAGAAAGGCAACGUACAUUGUGCCAACGGAGCCACGACUCAAGGUGAAAAUAUUGCCGACCUCGGAGGUUCGCUUCAGUAACAAAGAUGUCUAGAAUAGCCUCCUUGUUUAGGACAACAAGCCGCUUAUCGGGCUUAUCGACAAUACAUUUCUCAGUUGGGACACGAGGAAGACAGGUUGAAGGAAACAAGAGAUAUUCAAAUGAAAAAGUGGAUUUUCAGGCUUCCUGGUCUUGAGAACUACACUCCGAACCAAAUCUUCUGGAUCACCUACGGAUAUUCUUGGUGUAUGAAACAGUCCGACUCGAAUCUCGUUCGACAGGUGAAUCACAACUUUUUGGGGAAAAAGUUUUGAAAAACACGAUUUUUUCGAAUCUAUUUUUGCAAAUUUCGCAGAUUAAAUUUGUUUUACUUUCAGCUUCUCACAAACCCGCACUCUCCAGCAUCCUGUAGAACUAAUCAAGUGAUGCAGGAUAUCCCCGAAUUUGGAAAAGACUUUGGAUGUUGCCGUGGAACACCCAUGUACCCAAAUCCGGAUAAUCGAUGUAAAGUUUGGGUCGGCGUUUGA